CUAAUUGGAACAGCUGAUUUUACGCUUGCGCGAAAGAACUUCUCCGUCUGACAAGUCAGAAGAGAUUUCGUUGACCAGAUGAUUUCAAUAACAGAUCAAAUAAUUUCGGAAUUCGCGCGAAUUCAAUGACAAGCUUAGAUAAGCUUCGAUUCUUACACGCGUAUCGACAUAUUAAAAAAAAAAGGAACGAAAAGUGAAAGUGAAAAAAUAUUAAAGUAAUAUAAUUAUACUGAAAUAAUUAUGGUGAAAAGUUGUUGCGUCGUAAGUUGCAAGAAUACUUGGCAGCCAAAUAGCAGCAUAACCUAUCACAAAUUUCCUGUGAAAGACGAGGCAAGGUUUGCACAAUGGAUGUUAAUCAAUGAAUUACGAGACAUAAAAGUGACACCUGCAAAACGCAUUUGUAGUGCACAUUUUACCACAAAGUCUUUUGAAGAACACUGUGUGGUAAAAAGAUUAAAAAAAGAUGCAAUUCCUUCUAUUUUUGGAAACACUAUUCAUCAGAUGGAUAUUUCUGAAGAAGCAGAGGAUGUGUUAGAAGAAGUUUGUAUAGAUAACAUAUGUGAAAAACAAAUAAAUCUAUUGGAUAAGAGUAUGAGCACAGAAAGAAGUAUGCAUGUUUCUGUUCAGACAUCAUGUACAUAUUUUGAGGAUCGCAAAAAUUUAUUGUACUUGCGGAAUAAAGUAAAAAUACUGAAACAACAAUUGAGGCGAAGAAAUUUAAGGAUUGCCAGUAUGCAGAAAAUUAUUCAUCAUUUGACUGAUAAGACUGAUAAGACUUUGAAUAAAAAAGAGAUACAUAAGGUCUCAAAAACUGAUCUCUGUUAAUGGAAGGAACACAGUUAUUGUUUUCGGAUUACAUGAGGAUUCUGUACUUCGUAGAAAGAUAAAUAUUAAGAAAUAUUAUUUUUUGAAUAGUGAGCAA